AUGGCGGCGGCGGCCCCGCGCCCCGCGAGCCGGCUCUUCCGGACCUACGGCGCGGCGGGCGGCCGGGAGCCGCGGCGGCUGCCGGGCCGGACGGCGGCGCGGUGGUUCCGGCCGAAGGGCCGCGGCCUCGCCUUCAGCAGCAGCGGCGGCAGCGACACCAGCGGCAGCGGCUCCUCGCCGGCGGGCGCGGCGGACGACCCGGACGCGGACCCCGACUUCCUCGGCAGCCCGGCCAGGGCGCGGCGCCGGCGGGCCAGGGAGACGCCGAGCCCCGCCGGCACCCCGCGGCGCGCGAGGCUGCGGGCGCGGCCGCCGCUCAGGUGCAGCACCCCCGCCGGCCCGCGCCGACCGCCGCCCUCCCCCGGCCCGGGCCUCGGCGGGUGGGGGCAGCCCCGGGACGCCAGCGAGCUGGGCACCAGCACCUCCCUGUUCAGCCCGCCCGCCUCUCCGGGCCCUGGCCGCCCAUCGCCAGCGCCGGGAGAGAGGACCCCAGCAGCGGCCACCCCGUCCGCCGCGCCGGAUGCCGCCCCCGACCUUCCCGGAGCCGCAGCGGCCGCCGCGGACCUGUCGCCGCCUCUCCCCGGCCCCCCGGAGGCCAGGUUGGACCGGCAACGCCGGGGCGACCUCGGGGCGGCCCGCUCUGGGACUCCCAGGGACUCGGAAAGCACCGCGGGCUCUGGGUCGGACUCCGAGCCGGGGGCUGCGCGGAAGACCAUGGGGGGCGCCAGGCGACAGCCGUCGCGCAAAAGGCCGAGAAGCCCGGGUUUGUCGAGCGUCCGUAAGAAAAGGGCCAAGGAGGACUCUCGGGGGGCUGCCCUAAGGGACUGCGCGGAGUCCAGUGGUCCCAGGAACUGCACUGUGCCCCGGAGACAUGGGUCCUGCCGGAAAAGGAAACCGGAGGCCGCGGAAACCUCACCGCCUCUGCACUGCCGGCCGCCUGGACGAGGUAUGGAAAAGGGGCCCCGCUCCACCCGGGACCUCACUCCUUUGCAGAAUGCUUGCUCAUGGGUCAAAACGCGGGCGUCCUUCAGUUUCCACAAGAAGAAGAUCGUGGCUGCUGCGUCCGAAGUGUGCAGCAGCAGUACUGCCGCCAGUUCUCCUUCUAACACCCUCCUGUCGGAAUACUCCAGCCCUCCUGUCUCAAGUGGAAGAACCAGUGCUCGGGCCUCUUGGCGCUCCUCUUCCAUAUAUUUGCUCUCCCCCAUAAAGAUGCUGUUUGUUGCAGACAAAAAGGCAUCAGAUGCUGAAAAGGUGUAUAGCGAAUGCAACCAGGAAGGCCCGGUCCCCUUUUGCUAUUACACAGAAAAAUUGAAAUGCUGUCAGAAGAUUGGGGAGGGGGUGUUUGGCGAGGUGUUUGAAGUAACUGUUAAUCACACGCCGGUCGCCCUGAAAAUCAUCGCUAUCGAAGGACCAUGUCUAGUGAAUGGAGCCCAUCAGAAAACUUUUGAGGAAAUUCUGCCAGAGAUCAUCAUCUCCAAGGAGUUGAGCCUCUUGUCUGAUGAGCUAGUCAACCGCACGGAAGGCUUUAUUGGGCUGAACUCAGUGCACUGCGUUCAGGGGUCUUACCCACCCUUGCUCCUUAAUGCCUGGGAUAAGUACGACUCAACCAAAGGGUCUGCAAAUGAUCGACCUGACUUCUUUGAGGCAGAUCAGCUCUUCAUUGUGCUGGAAUUUGAGUUUGGGGGAACAGACUUAGAGCGAAUGAAGUCAAAGUUAUCCUCCCUGGCUACUGCCAAGAGCAUUCUCCACCAGAUCACUGCUUCCCUCGCGGUGGCAGAGGCCUCGCUGCACUUUGAACACCGAGACUUACAUUGGGGGAAUGUGCUUUUAAAGAAAACCCCGCUGAAAGAACUCCACUACACCCUGAAUGGGGAGACGAGGUCAAUCCCCAGUCAGGGACUGCAGGUCAACAUCAUUGACUAUACCCUGUCACGCUUAGAGAGAGAUGGCAUUGUGAUUUUCUGUGACAUUUCCAAGGACGAGGAGCUAUUUACAGGGCAAGGUGACUACCAGUUUGAGAUCUAUAGGCUAAUGAGGAAGGAGAACAACAACCGCUGGGGUGAAUAUCACCCGUAUAAUAAUGUACUCUGGCUGCAUUACCUCACAGACAAGAUUCUGAAUGAAAUGACCUACAAAAGCAAGAGUAAUAGCUCUACUAUGAAGCAAAUGAAGAAGAAGAUCCAGCAUUUUCAUAGGACAAUGUUGAACUUCAGCUCUGCCACUGACCUGCUCUGCCAGCACUGCCUGUUUCAAUAAGAGGAAAGGACCUUACUGCCGCAAACUGAAGAGCACACACUGGUCCCAAAGCCCGGGUGCCCGUUUUCACUCUCCCCACAGCAGGAUGGAAUUCCCAUUUUUUGAACAGGAAUUUUGCUUCCAAGUGGAAACUGAGAUGUUUGGUAAGAUGUUUAAACCAACUGUUGACAUGUUCUUAACAAGUCAACUAGUUUCACAUGGAAAAAAAAUGGUUACAACAAAGGUGUACAACUUCUAAGCCCUCUUCCUGUUUGCAGAAUCCAGUCCACAAAUCUCUUUACGCAUUUUCAGUUUUGAGCCUUGGCAUUUAUGUUAUAUUAGCAAAAUUCACGAAAAUAAAGCCCGAGGCCUCAGCUGUCAGAGUAAUUAAUUAGAACCUGAAGCUGUAGGUAAUGAGACUGAAGAGUCAACAAAGAGCAAAGCAGAAGCCAAGGUAGAUUAUAGGGAAGAGAGGGAAGGAUGAUGGCAGACAGUUUACAGGGAGAAGUUGGAGAAAUGCCAUGUGUUUAUCGAGCUUCUUUGCCAAUCACAGAGAGAAGCAGAAUAUAUCCAGUUUCAAUGGGAAAAAUAAAUGUUUCCAUGGCUGCUGAAAAGAUUUGAAUUUUCGCUUUGUUGGUCUUUUUUCUCAAGGGAAGGAAAAGCUGCUUUAAAUACAGAAUGGUUGAUAUUGCUUUAAAUAUAGGGUGGUUGGUAAUUUCUUCUAAACGUGACUUUGAUUAUUUACUUCUAAUGUGUCUCUAAAUAAUCUUGACUUUACAGCUUUUCUGGAAUGUUAGUUCUCUAUGCCUUUGAGAAUCCAGUCAGUUGGAAAGAGGGAAUUGUGAAUCUAGGGAAAAAAACGCCUUUUAAAAAGAGAAAGAAAGAAACACCUUUAAGUACCUGUGUCUUUGUCAGGUUCUUCACUUUUACAAUCUGGAAGCCAUAUAAUAUGAUUGGAACACAAAUUUGCAGGUGGAAUUGGACCCCAAAGGGAUUUUCCCCUUGUAUCUGCAAAAGAAGAUCAGAGUGGGGAGUCAAAGCCACUGAUGUCUUGCCACCUGGAACCCCUGCAUUGAUAGGCACAGAGCAAUACCAGAGGCAGGGCACUUGCCCCACAUGCAGCCAACCCAGGUUCAAUCCUUGGCACCACUUAUGGUUCCACCCUUCUCCCCUGCCCCA